CGAGUAAGAAUUCCAAGGGGACUGUGAUAUUUUGCUCGCAGACAUUGUGGACAGCGUAUCGAAACGGAGUUGCGCGACUACGUAUCGAAGGGCGUCGUAUUAUGCGUCGAUUCAACAUGCGGAACAAGCGUGGAAAGUCGGGGACGAUGAGCGGCGGUAGCGACUCGGAGGAAAAUGGCGGCCUCGUCGGUAACGACAAAGAAGCGACGCAGAAGCCCGCCGCCGGUAGGAACAACUACAACGCUGCGUCCAAGACGGCUGCGAGCACCAUCAUCAUGCGAAAAUCGACUCUGAAGAGGCGCUCGCGCAGCUCAGCGCAACAGAAACAGCCGGUGGCGGCGGACAACGACGCCGCCGAGGUGAGAGACGACUCGUCGACCGCGGGAAAACUGGAGGAACGGGAGAACGGCGAGAAGAUCGCGGGGAAGCCAUCCCCGAACAAGCGCAAGAAGAAGGACCAGAGAGCGUCCACCUCGGCGCGCGAUAGCGAAGACAACGAUGAGUACGAGGUGGACGUGAUCGUCGGUCAUCGCACUAUCAAGGGUCGUCGACAAUUUUUGGUACGAUGGAAGGGUUACAGUAGUGUAUCGGACUCUUGGGAGAAUGAAAAGGACCUCAACUGUCCUCAAUUGAUAGAGGACUUUCUGGCGAUGGAGAAGGAGGACAGUAAACAAGUAAAAGUGACGAAAGCAAAAACACCCAAAGCUGACAAAUCUAAGAAAACUAGAGGUAGUUCCGCAAAACAGACAGAAAACGAUGAGCCGAGUGUUAAAGACGAUGUUAAAGAUAAGGAGAGCUUGAAGGAGUUCGAGGUCGAGAGAAUAAUCGAGGUGCACUUCAAGAAGAACGGGAAGAGAGAAUUCUUGAUCAGAUGGAAAGGGUUCAGUGCAACAGACGACACCUGGGAGCCGGAAGAGAAUCUUAAUUGUCCGGAUUUAAUCUCCAAGUUUAUGCAAAAGCUGGAGAAAAUGAAAACCGCGGAUCUUCGGGAACUCAGGACGAAUCGGGCGCACACUAAACGGUACACCUUGUCGACACAUGACUCCGGGAGGAGGUUAUCUCGACGCCACAUGGACAAGCAAAGGGCAACCUACCACGAGUGCGAUGAGUGAAUAUCAUCGUGGUCCCAGUAUCUUUAUUCUAUUCAAAGAAUUUACUUUAUACGUAUAGUCUGUAGUUUUACAAGAGAGAAAAAAAAAGGGAAGAUGUAAGGAGUUUUAAGGAUGAAACAAAAAAAAAAGAAUAUAUCAAAAUGCGAAUAAUUUGCAAUAUACGGUACUAGGAACUAUGAAUAUAUGGUGUGUGUACGCUCCGUUUGUGAAGAGCGACGUGUCUGUGAAUGAGAAAAAGAUGAUUGAUCUAUAUAUAUAUAUAUAUACACACACACACGCACUUUGCUGUCUGCUUUAGAUAUUUCUGUUCGAAGAAAAGUGGUAUCAUUGCGCAUACACUUUUUAAAAACAAUACCAUGCCCGUGGGAGAAAAGAGAGAGAGAGAGAGAGGGAAAAAUGCGAAAUGCAAUUCUAUUAUUUCUGUAAGAUACAUUACAGUAAUCGAAAGGAACGAUUUCCAGAACCGUACUUACCCCUUUUUCGGUCAAGUACAGGAGAGAAUUUUUAGACGCGGGUAUUACCACACAACAAGAAUGAGUUUUAUUGUAUUUGUAUACAAUCAGUAACAUGCGAUCGUGUGUGACCAAUGUAGCUUACAUAUUAAUAUAUAACAAUUUGGAUUAGAUCGAUACUGUCUGACGUUGCUUGUUCUGUGUAAUACUUUCAAUAUAUGUUUAUAGCAGUCUAGCGAAUGCGUAGUAUUAUAGAAAAGUACGGUCCUGGUAACGUUUUUACUCACGCAAGGUAAAACAUGCCGAAUAACUUGAUUUGUGAGAUAAUUAUAUAACAUUUAUCAUUUCAUGUGUGAACGAUUAGAGUAUUCGCCUAUCAGGGAAUAGACGAAAUAAAUACUUGAACUUUAUGUGGAAA